UAUUCUGUCUAGUAUCAGGAUUCAGUAGAUUGGGGAGAAUUGCUUGUAUGAAUUAUUCCUGGAGGUUCCAGCGGUGGGUCAUUAUUUGUUGACCUGUCCAAGUUCAUGAAGACUGUCCAAGUUCUCAUCCCUAUCUGAUCUGAAGCCUUAUUAUCAUCCCUCUACGCGUACAAUGCGGAGAAUUCAUUGCGUCAUUACCCACCUGCGCCCAGCGAGAAGAAACAUAAAUAUAAAUACCCAUUGCCAAUACCACCCCGGCAGGACGUCGAUAUGGCUAUUUCGCACCCAUCCAACACCGAUAUCAGCAGCUAUCAAGAGACAACCACCGCCACAACAAAGAAUGUCAUCGGACGACGCAUACACAUCCUUCCUCGAAAAGGCCAACGCAGACCUUCAAGCUGGUCGACAGCAGGAACAGCAGGCAACAAUGGGAAUCCGAACCGAAACGGUCGAUGUCGACGAACACAUCCCCGCACCGUUAGAUAGAGUCGGGGAGACGUUUUAUGUCUCUGAUACGGAUGAGCCCUUUGAGGCAGUUGUUUUGAGGUGGGAGGGGGCUAGGAAGGGAGUUUGGCCUGAUUAUUCACAAUUCUCCUCCCUCGUUUCCACAUCUCCCCACGCAAACCUGUCUGUGACGACGAUAUCCUCCCAAUCCUUUGAUCCGAGGAAUCACUACGCUGGUAUUCUCGGUGCUGUUCGAGAGGCUAUUUCGGCAGGUGAACCCGGUUCUGUUGAGAUAAAAGUAUACCGUGUCGAGAGUUCCGGGGCAAGAGUCGAGUAUUGGGUUCUCGGUCUUGACGGGGAUAAUGGGAGGGUUGUUGGUGUGAGGGCUAAGGCUGUUGAGAGUUGAUUUUUUUUUUUUUAUUUGAUCGUUGCUACAGCUUGCUCCAGCAAAAUGAAUGAAUACAAUGCCCGAGAUAGCUUGAGAAUAAGUA